UAUUUUUCUAUCUUAGGAUUAUGCGGACUGAAAAGUUUGGUUGAGUUGGAUCUCCAACGAAAUCAAUUUUCUGGCCCUCUUCCAGAAUGUAUUGGCAACUUGACCAACCUCCAAUUUCUUGAUCUGUCAUUCAAUCAGUUGAGUGGAAACAUUCAAUCUAUUGUUUCUGAACUCACAUCCCUCAAGUAUUUGCAUCUUCAUGGCAAUGAGUUUGAAGGCUCAUUCUCAUUUAGCGCUUUGGCCAACCACUCAAAACUUGAAGCAUUUAUACUCUCUCCUGGAAAUAGCAGGCUACUUGGUAUAAAAGCAAUUCCUAGCUUUCUUCGUUACCAACAUGACAUACGCUUUAUUGAUCUUUCUCAUAAUACGUUGGUUGGAACAUUCCCCACCUGGAUCUUACAAAAUAAUUCCAAGUUAGUAGUUAUGAAUUUGAGAAACAACUCAUUCACAGGAACUUUUCAACUGCCCAAUAUCAAGCAUGGUCUAGUUGAGUUAGAUAUUUCGAGCAAUAAUCUCACUGGUAUGCUGCCUAAGGAGUUUGGCUUGGUCCUCCCAAGACUAGAAUAUAUAAACAUGUCGAGGAAUAAUUUCGGUGGUAAUGUUCCUUCUUCAAUCAGUGAGACGCCAGCACUAUCUGUUUUGGAUUUAUCCCAUAAUAAUUUCUCGGGAGAAUUGCCAAGAAGUCUGUUCGCAAAUUGUACCAUGUAUUGUACACUGAUUCUAUCAAACAACAAUUUUCAAGGGAACGUUUUUCCUCAGGGUAUGAACUUGAGAAGCAUGACGGUGUUGGAUAUGAAAAACAACUACUUCAGUGUGAUGGUAGGUGCAGACUUGUUGAAUAGCCGCAGCCUAUCAAACCUUGACAUAUCCAAUAACAAGGUAUCCAGUCCAAUUCCCAAACUUCUAUGUAAUCUGACCGAUCUCGUCUUUUUAGAUCUCUAAAAAAAUAGGUUGUAUGGGGUCUAUCCUUCCUGCUUCAAUUCUUCAUCAUUGCUCUUUCUGUUUUUACAAAAGAACAAUCUAAGUGGACCCAUACCCCAUGAGCUUCUCAGAAGUCCUAAUUUAGUGGCACUUGAUCUGAGGGAUAACAAUUUUUCUGGAAAUAUUCCAUCUUGGAUCGGUCAGUUCUCUGAAUUGCAUGUGCUUUCAUUGGGAGGGAAUGCAUUACAAGGCCGUAUUCCUAAUCAGUUGUGUGAAUUAAGAAAUGCGAAUAUAAUGAAUAUUUCACGCAACUUACUUUUUGGUUCCGUACCUGCAUGCUUUAGUAACAUUUCUUUUGGCAAUAAUAUAUCAUUUGGGAUGACGGAAGCAAAUGAUAUUCCAGCAAUUGUGGAAGUGGAAUUUGCAACGAAAUAUAGAUACAACUAGGGUGAUAUUAUCAACUCAAUGGCAGGAAUAGAUCUAUCAUGCAAUGAGUUAAGUGGCAGCAUUCCUCAAGAAAUUGGAGACCUGCAUGAAAUUCGAUCAUUGAAUUUGUCUCACAAUCAUAUAACAGGAUCUAUACCAGUCAGUUUUUCAAAUCUAAGAAGUUUAGAGAGCUUAGAUCUUGGCAACAAUAAUUUAAGUGGUGAAAUCCCGAGUGAACUAGUUGUGCUGACCUUUUUGGAAACUUUCAAUGUUUCAUACAACAAUUUAUCAGGUAGGGUUCCUGAUGGAGCGCAAUUUGGAACUUUCGAUGAAAACAAUUACAGAGGUAAUCCUGGUCUCUGUGGACAAUGCAUUCAUAAGAGCUGCAAAAGUGAUGAAGCUCCACAAACACCACCACCAUCUGCUGAUGUAGAAGAGGAAGAUGAAGGGGGUAUUGAUAUGGUGUGGUUCUAUUGGAGUUUCAGUGGAGCCUAUGUCACAAUCCUAUUGGUGUUGGCAGCAAUCCUCCGCAUCAACAGGCAUUGGCGCGUGUUGUGGUUUUAUUAUGUUGAUGUUUGUAUUUAUUCAAUUUCCAUUUGGGUUUGUCAGAACUGAUUUCAAGCAAUAAUCUGACGGAAAGACACAUUGUAAUACAAUAUAUAUACAUUUAAUUUUAAUGUUGAUGUUGCCCUUAUUUUGCUUCUGGUAGAAUUCUGGUUUCUAAGGAUGUUGGUCUAGUGAAAUGGAAGAACCUUAGGGAAAUAUGAAUACUGCUCUCUAGUGUUUAGGAAGGAAAAGAUCUCUAGAUUGAUGCAAUUUUAAAGGAAUGGUUCUUGGGUUUACUUUGCUGCAAGAAUGCUAGGGGCCAUGAGGUGUUCUCAUGGCUUCUGAAUCACGGAGUGAGCAAAUAAAAAGGUCAGAAGAAUGGAGAAUUUUUUCCUAUCAUUCAUCAUGAGAAUACAUGGAUAUUUAUACAGAUCUGGAGAAGAUUCUAGACUGCUCUACACAAUAAUUCUAGAAUAAAUACAAAUUUGUUACAACAGAUUCUAACUCAUAGGUCACCAAAUUCUUCUCUUCACGUGGGUAAUGCUAGUGUGCUUAGCACUGUAUCUGAUUGAGCUGAAGAACGAUCGCUAAUUUGAGCUGAAAAGCUUUUAUUGGUGCGCACCGUUUUAUUUACUCCCAUUACUAAAUUGAACUUUUGGUUGCUCCCGUCUUUGUGCAAUGCAUCGUUUCAAUAAUUUUUCAGCCCCUCCACAAGAUGGAGAUGGAGGAAAAUCAAACAGUCCCAUCUUGAAGAGCAGUGAAUUAAAAAUGGAUGUGUCUAGGGGUUUUGUAAAGAGAUCAGCUAACUGAAGUCGUGAAGGAAUGUGAAUGGUUUUGAUGAAAUCAUUGUUAUCUGAUCUCUGAAUAUAUGGCUAUCAAUGUCCAGGUGCUUGGUGCACUUAUGGAAAAUAUGUUACUGCAAUAUGUUAGGCAACUUUAUUGUCAUAGUGGAGGAAGAUCGGUAAUGGUGAUGAGAUUUGAAAAUCCUUCAAUAUAUAAGUUAUCCAUUGGAGUUCACACACUGUUGUUGCCAUAUUUCGAUAUUUAGCUUCAGCAGAUGAGCUGCUCACAGUAUUUUGUUUUUUUUGAUUUCUAUGAUACCAUGGAUGAUCCAAGAAAGAUGCAGAAGUCUGUUAAGGAUAUUCGGGACAUGGAACAGGAUGCCCAAUCAGCAUCGCAGAAAGCUUGAAUGUGGAAAUCAAAAUUGAUGUGGAAGAAUAAUCCUUUGGAGGGGUAUCCUUUCAGGUAUUGCAAUACAUGUGCAUUCUAAUGUGAAAUUUGUGAGCUCUACAUACACUGACUCAAUUGCUGAGUUGAGUAAGUUAUGUCGGGUUUGGUGAGGCUCCGUAAGUAAGAUAUGAUUCUUGGCAUGAUCAUACCUGAUAAAGGAGAACUAUUCCAUGUGAGGUAGUUUUUUCCAUUCAAGGGGGUAGUAACGAGUACAAAAUUAGGAUUAUUAGUGUUUUCUAGGCACAGCAUACUAUUUUCAGUGUCUGUUUUGGUUUUUGCAAUGGUGGUGGCCAUUGGUGGUAAUGCCAAUAUGAAAACACAUGUUUAUUGCUCUGAUACCAUGAGCAAAUAAAACAGAGAAAGGUCAGAAGACUAGAGAAUUUGUUUGUAUCAUUCGUCAUGAGAAUACAUGGAUAUUUAUACAGAUCUAAAGAUGAUUCUAGACGGCUCUACACAAUAAUUCUGGAAUAAAUGCAAAUUUGUUACAAUAUUUUUUCACGGAGCCCGCAAUGUUAGACCUAGAAGUUGAUUCACUGGAGUUAUCCGUAGUAGUUGUUUCAGAGGAGGAGGAUUGGUCAAACUUUAGUUUAAUUAUUGCUGAUUGCAGAGCUUUUCUUAGCCAAAGAAUUCAUUUUGAUUUCUCUUUCUAGUUGAUCUGUAAACAAGCUAACAACAAAGCAGCUCAUUAUUUUUCUUAUCUGGUUACUUAUUAAAUUUAUUCUUAAGGCACAAAAUUAG